CGGGUGGAAUCUACCACGGUCCCCAUCCGAACGUUCGAGCGGUGAGGCACAGUCUUGUGACAGGAGAGAGAAGAGAGGAGUUGGUUAGUGCUACGCUGCGACGGAUGGACCGCGCGACGGAGGAGGAGACGGCGGCGACGGGGCGGCGGAUACUGGUGGCCGUGGACGAGGGCGACGAGAGCGUCCACGCGCUCAAGUGGUGCCUCGCCAGCUUCGCCAAGCGCGGCGGCGGCGGGGGCGCGGCGCCGCCGGACACCAUCAUCCUGCUCUACGUCCGGCCGCCGCCGCCCACCUACUCCGUGCUCGACGCCUCCGCUAUGGUAGGCUACGUGUUCUCCGACGAGGUGGCCGCCGCCAUUGACGGGUACAGCAAGGAGGUGGCGGAGGCGGUGGUGGAGAAGGCGCAGAAGCUCUGCACGCUCUACGGCAAGGAGGUCGGUGGCGACGGUGAGGCUGGCCAUGAGAUGAAGGUGGAGGUGAAGGUGGCGGUCGGCGACGCCAGGAACGUCAUCUGCCAGAUGGCGGACAAGCUCGGCGCCGACGUGCUGGUGAUGGGGAGCCAUGGCUAUGGCCUGUUCAAGAGGUCACUGAAACGAUCUCGUUUUCAAUCUCAGAAGCUGGCUCUGCUUGGAAGUGUCAGUGAUUACUGCGUCAGGAACGCCAACUGUCCAGUUCUCAUCGUCAAGUCGUAGCUGCCACUCACUCCAGUGCUUGUAACUGUGCAGCAGCAUGUGUGCUCUGUCCGGCUUUUUUUUUUGUUUUUGCCUUGUGUUCUGCUUUGUAUGUCUACUUUAGUUCGCUUCGCAUGUAAUCUGCCGGAAGAGGACGUGCUGAGUGAUUACUCAGAACUCUGAAGUUAUCCAGCAACCUGUAUAUAGAAGAACUACUUUCUGUGGAGAUGGCAAAUUUAGUUUUUCUGUCAUCGGCUUCCACUUUUAGCACUGAUUUCUGAAUUUGGCUGUAUAAUUAGCAAAUACCCAGGGUUUGCUUUGAUCUAUUCGCGCUAACCAUUGCGCAGAAAUUCAGAACUCCUUUAUAAACAAAUCUCUAAGAGAGAGAAUUACUAGCGUUUCUUA